UUCCGGUUUUGCCGCCAUCUGCUCCUAGUGGGUCAGCUGACCGUCGGCCGGUCUGCUGACAGUCAACCAUCCCGGACCAGCGCCGCUUCCCGGACACCUCCAGGCUGAAUCUGCCCCCCUGAGUCCCCGCUGCUGCGUGCUCCUGGCCGGCGCUGCUUCCGGGGACCUGCUGCUGCUGCUGAGGCCGGAUCAUCGGCUCUAACGAACCGGACCUUUUUGCCUCCUGGUCGCGCUGUGAGGCCGGUCAGCUGGUUGACUCCAUCCCGGACCUGCGUGACUCGAGGGGGCUCCCUCUGAGCGCCAUGGCCCUGCUGGACCUCGCCAUGCAGGGCCUCGCCGUGUUCGGCUUCAUCCUGUUCCUCGUGCUGUGGCUCAUGCACUUCAUGUCCAUCAUCUAUGUGCGGCUCCACCUCCACAGGAAAAGGUCGGAGGUCAAGCAGCCGUUCGCUCAGCUGUCCGGAGUUUCUCUGCUGAAGCCACUGAAGGGCGUCGACCCCAACCUGAUCUCCAAUCUGGAGACCUUCUUCACCCUGGAUUACCCCAAGUACGAGAUCCUGCUGUGUGUCCAGGACCAUGACGACCCGGCGGUGGACGUAUGUAAGAAGCUGCUGGGAAAAUAUCCCAACGUGGACGCUCGUCUGUUUACAGGGGGGAAGAAGGUCGGGAUCAACCCAAAAAUCAACAACCUGAUGCCGGGUUACGAAGGAGCCAAAUACGGGCUGGUGUGGAUCUGCGACAGCGGGAUCAGAGUGAAACCAGACACCCUGACUGAUCUGACCAAUCAGAUGACAGAGAAUGUGGGUCUGGUCCACGGGCUGCCGUACGUUGCAGACCGCCAAGGUUUCGCUGCCACAUUGGAGCAGGUGUACUUCGGGACAUCCCAUCCCCGCUCCUACAUUUCGGCCAACGUGACGGGGAUCAAAUGUGUGACGGGGAUGUCGUGUCUGAUGAGGAAGGAUGUGCUGGACCAGGCGGGUGGGCUGAUCGCCUUCGCUCAGUACAUCGCUGAGGAUUAUUUCAUGGCCAAGGCCAUCGCGGACAGAGGCUGGAAGUUCUCCAUGGCAACGCAGGUGGCGCUGCAGAACUCCGGUUCCUACUCCAUCGGGCAGUUCCAGUCACGUAUGAUCCGGUGGACCAAGCUGCGCAUCAACAUGCUUCCUGGAACCGUCCUGGAACCGGUCUCCGAGUGCUUCCUGGCGAGCCUCAUCAUUGGCUGGGCAGCCCAUCAUGUGUUCAGGUGGGACAUGAUGGUGUUCUUCAUGUGUCACUGUUUGGCCUGGUUCAUCGCUGACUAUGUCCAGCUGACCGGAGUCCAGGGCGGUCCUCCGAGCUUCUCCAAGCUGGACUUUGCUGUUGGCUGGUUCAUCAGGGAGUCCAUGGCUGUGCAGAUCUUCCUGUCGGCUCUGUGGGACCCGACCAUCAGCUGGAGGACUGGCCGGUACCGGCUGCGCUGCGGCGGCACUGCCGAGGAGAUCCUGGACGUGUAGUUACCACGGCAACCAGCCGUGCUGAGGAGGAAGGACCGUUUGGUUUUUAUGAGAACUGAAAAGUGUGUGUGUGCGUGCGCACGUGUGUGUGAGUGAAUGUGUGUUUUUAUUUAUGUUCCUUUUGGUGCUAAAAAUAAACAAUAGCAGAACGAGCCAAUGAGAGCGCAGCACCCAAACGAAGAAGACGUGGAAGGAAGAAUCGCACUGAAUUUCUGAUUGAUUAGAAAAAAAAAAAAAGAGGAAGAAAAUUGGCCAAUCAGGAACUUUGGCUCCUGAUUGGCCAGUUUUCAUCAGACGGAGGCAGGAAGUUAAGAAGCUCCAUCCACAUCUCACCUGUCUGACCCAGCUGAAUGAUGAGGAAGCCGCCAUUUUUCUCACACUGCAGAACCGCCUCCGUCUGUGGGGCAUGUGACCAACAGGUCAGGACCAACUGGUCCAGAACCGACGGGUCCGGGACCGGUUCUGUAGAAACGCGUUUUAACAAACGUCCACUGGCUGCUUUGGACCAGAUCCGAGGCGGCGUUUUGAACCUGGGGAAAAGGGGCCAACCAGCGCCGCGCUUGGACGACCACCAAUCAGUUUCCAGUAUUCUGAUGUCAAAAAGGUCAAAAAACAUUUCAGAGAAAUUACGCAGGACCAAAAAAAAAAAAAGGCUCUUAGUCCGAACACUGAGUGUGUGUACGUGCAUGUGUGUAGCUUCACUGUUAGCCGUUAGCACUUUGUCGGGUGGGGGCGGGGUUUGGGUGAUGACAAUCUGGUUUGUCAGACGAACCCUCUUUCCAGUCGUCCAAUCAGAUCAGUAGGAUUUUUAUUUGUAUAUUAUUGUUUAUUGUUGUUUAUUAUCUGUUGUAGUGACAAACGACCAAUCGCAGAUGAGGAUUCUCUCAAGUACAAUAAAGUUUUAUUCUUUUGUCUGCGA